AUGGCGUCACGACGACUCGAGCUGGCCCUGUCCGGCCUUUCACGACGGCCGCUGACAUGCCUCUUUUGCGAGGCCCGCCGCUCCUUCACCUCGUCCGCCAUCCGCGGGGCGAGGGCCGAAAAGCCCGCGUCCGGCUCCUCCAUGGACCCCCAGGCCAACCUCACCGGCGCCCCGAUUGAAGCUCCCCGAAGCUACGGCAAGCGAUUCGAGGGCAAGUUCACCCCGAAGCCUCUGCCGAGGCCAAUUGGCAUGCCGCUCCCGCCAAAGGCAGGCGAAAAUUCUGGCAUUGACAGCCGAACGUUGCGGCAGCGCCGCGAAGACUUCGUGAAUUACGACAAGCACUUGCAAAGGCGAAAAGAACUGACGGCAAAAAUAUCAAGACCGUAUUUCCGAGAUUGGGGCAACCUGCAACACCACAAGGGCAAAUCCUUCAUUGCCCCACCACGACUGUUCAAGGCGGAGCUCUCGCUCUUCUUUCCCAACUUCUACGGCGAGACCCUCCUCAAGGCCGACCGAAACCCGCGCGAUACAACACCGCUCCUGACGGGCAAGGCGAGCGUCGUCGCCUUCUUCAACAGCCGAUGGGCCGAGCAGCAAGCAGCCACCUUUACCUCCAAGGAGGAAAACCCGGCGCUGCACCAGGUCCUGGCCCAGCACGGUGACCUUGCGCAGCUCGUCAAUCUCAACUACGAGGACAAUGCAGGCAAGGCAUGGCUCGUGCGCUUCUUCAUGAGCUCGCUCCGCAAGCAGUUUCCCGAAAGGGACUGGGACAAGUACUUCCUAGUGCGCCGCGGCAUCACAGACGAUAUCCGCGAGUCGAUCGGUCUGUUAAACAGCAAGGUCGGCUACGUCUUCCUGGUUGACCAAUAUUGCCGAGUGCGAUGGGCAGGGAGCGGACCGAGCGAGCCUGAUGAGCGAGAGGGCCUAGCAAAGGGCCUUGGACGGCUCGUUGAUGAGAUCAACAGGGAGACCACGCUGCCUGCAACAGCGCGGGAGCAGCACCCGGGAAAACAACAUCUCGAGGUCCCAAAGGCAUUGUAA